AUGGAUAAACUUCCCUCGGAAGUACUAUUUCGAAUUUUCCAGUUUUUAAGUUGUGAAGACCUGCGGAGUUGUGCAUUAGUCUGUCGCCAAUGGAAUAUUCUGGCCUCCGAUAACGUGCUGUGGAGUAGAAAGCUGACAAAACUUGUUCAAACAAAAUGGUCCGUUGUUGUGUGCAACCAGCCAUAUGCAAUUGAUAAAAAAUUACUGGGGCUGUAUGAACGCGAUCCUCAAUCCUUCUAUUUUCGCUUCCAGAAGUAUGUGCCCUUGAGUUUGGUAAAACAAUCCUACGUAACGGGACCCGAAUCCUCCAUUCCCGGAGCAUAUGCGUUCAAGUCCGCUAUUCUUCCACGAUUCAUACCACACUGGUGGAAUGAGGAUGAACGCAACUUAUUGCAUCGGAGUACCGGAGGCGUGCAAGGUAGCCUAAACCAGGAAUAUCGAUUUGCUGUCCUUGGUUCUGGGCUGGAUCGAAACUUGUCUACUAAUUUAUUCGCCCGCCUUUUGAAUGGACGUGUUGGACCGUUUGAGUUGCUUCAAAUAUUUCCUGGGCGUUUAGGGUAUGGAGGUGGACUAAGUCUACGUGCCCAUGGAUAUGCGCAAGCCAAUGUUCUAGACACCUCGAUGCGACCACAGGAAGCUUAUCCGCCUAUUAUUGCCGAUGACUUCCAAUCUGAUGACGGAGCUUCACCAAGGGUAAGUGCAAAACGAACUCAUGUAUACCGACACCGUCGUUCAAAACACCACUCGGCGAGGUCACCAUAUGUGGAGGACGCACUGGAUGCACUGUCAGUUGGGUCUAGAGUGGAAGACAAAAAUCAACCAAAGGACUUGAUUUUCGAUCUAGUGCUGUUGUAUGCCGAUAUGAACGAGCGUCACAAUGAAAAUAAGGAUGAACUCCGUCGUAUUCUAACAAGUCGUUUGUUUCUUCAACCAAGAGCUCCAGCAACGGGUGAGCGAAGGCUGUUUGAGCUUGAGUUUCGUGAGGAACUUGAUCCUGUCAUGAAGACUAUUAAUGGACUGAUCUAUGCUGUGGAAAGUAAAGUCCCCAACACCCAUCUUAUUUACUCCCAUUAUGAACUCAAAGCUGCGCUUAGAAAGGUUGCACCACGCAUUCCGGUUGUGGUGCUUUAUAUUUCAUCUGAGUCGGAAAGUGAUCUGUGCAAUACCUCCGGAUCGGAUGGAAAUAUGGAUCAGUCUAUCCUAUUCCUACUAGACGCUCUUGGUCUAUGCACACUCAGUCAUCCAUGGAGGCUACAGAAAUGCAUGGAUAACGACCUGCUAGCCAUCUUACAGAGUGCUUUGUGGAUGAGAGCUCACCUGUCCUCCGGUAGGAGAGUUUGUCUUAGUGCACUGACGUCUAGCCUCGCGAGAGGAACAACCAGAUGA